AUGGAUAGUAGAGCUUUUGUUGAGAGUUGUGAUAUAUGUUAUCGGACUGGCAACAUAUCAAGGAGAAAUGAGAUGCCCUUGAAAAAUAUUUUGGAAGUUGAGUUGUUCGAUGUUUGGGGCAUCGAUUUCAUGGGACCUUUCCCACCUUCAUUUGGUUGUCAGUAUAUUUUAGUGGCUGUUGAUUAUGUUCCUAAGUGGGUUGAAGCCGCUGCACUCUCAACAAACGACUCUAAAGUGGUGGUAGCUUUUCUAAAAAAGAACAUUUUCACUAGGUUUGGUGUGCCUAAUGUGAUCAUAAGUGAUGGGGGUACUCACUUUUGCAAUAGAACUUUUGAGUCUCUUUUGGAGAAGUAUGGUGUCAAACACAAGGUGUCUACCCCUUAUCACCCUCAAACUAGUGGGCAAGUUGAGAUAUCUAAUCGGGAGUUGAAACAACACAAGGCCUAUUGGGCCAUUAGGAAGUUGAACAUUGAUUGGAAAGAUGCUAGCGAGAAGAGACUUUUGCAGUUGAAUGAGCUCGACGAGUUUCUACUCCGAGCAUAUGAAAGUGCUAGCAUCUACAAGGAGAAGACGAAGAAAUAUCAUGAUAGGAAGAUUUUGCAUAGGGAAUUUGUCUCAUGGGUGUUUCCCCAUGGUGCUAUUGAGGUUGAGAACUCUGAGAUCAAGAAUACUUUCACUGUGAAUGGGUACAGAUUGAAAUUGUACCAAGGUGGUGAGAUUGACCAACACUUGACGAAGGGAGUACUGCGGAAGUAUACCCUGAGCUUUGACUUGCCACUGAUGGUUCGCUUUGGACCCGGUUGUAGGAUGCGACCACCUUCACCACCGUCAUCGUCUGAGGAGGAGUAUCCGUUUGAGAUUGACGCUGCACCAGGAGAACUCCAUAGACUGACACCUCCUGUUGGCAUUGACCCUACGGACAUUGCGUCUUCCUCGAGGCUCGUGGAGGAAAGGGGGAGCUAG